AUGGUCUCUCACCAUCACCUUCCAUCCUCCUACGACCUGCCCUCGCCUGCUCCCUCCGCCCCACCAGCCUUCGCACCCCGAGCAGCCUCAGUCACAUCCGGACGAUCACAUACACGACGACACAGACAUGCGCGGACUCACCAUGGGGGGUCGGUAUCCUCUACAAGCAGCUAUGCGCCUCAGAACGAGUUCCCCAUCUUCUCAAACACAGGCGAUGUGGAAAUCACAAUCACGAGUGCGAACGGGAGGAAGGAACAAAGAUAUGUGCUACACAGACUGAUCCUGAGUCAAUGUUCGGGCUUCUUCGAGGCGGGCACGAGGGCUGAAUGGAGCGGUGCUGGUCAGCAAGGUUUGGCGAGGAUACGAGAGGAUGGCGAGAGUGUGACAGCGGGUGGCAGUAGUUCAAGACCGAGUAGUCAGGACCGGAGUAGAGCUCUACCGGACUUUCAACAGCAACCUAAGCAAAGAUGGAAGUACGCACUCGACUGGAAGAACGCAGCAGACGGCGAAGCACCGAUGCUUGUCCAAGUCAGCGACACACCUUCCCUCUUCGGCGGCACCACAUCCUCCUCCUCCCGAAUCCGCCCACCACCACCCUCAAACGAGAACUUCUUCCGCAGCAUGACCAACUUCUCUGCACUCAACCUCAACGAACGCUCUCAAGUCUCCGUCCCCACCGAAGCCGGCGACGAAGUCCUGAAAGACUACGAUAACCUCUUCCGCACAAUGUACCAGUACCCACCCAUCCUCGACAGCAUCAACAUAGCAACAGCCUACACCGAGUGCAAAGCCCUACUACACCUGGCAGAUAUCUACGACGCACUGGAGAUAGUGGGCAGUAGAGUUGAUCACCACUUAUUGAGAUUUGGCGCGAGGUUAUUUAAGCAGAUUGCCAAGUAUCCGCCUUCAUACCUUAAACUAGGCUAUCUGGCACGAAGUCGCACGAUCUUCAUCGAGGCGCUUAUCCAUGUCGUUGGGCAGUGGCCGCUAGGUGCGCCGCAGUUGCGAGGUGGGAUCGAUAAUUCGGUCAUGGAGUUGAUUGAGGAUAAGGUGGAUGAGUUGCUGGAGCAGCAAGAGCGGGUGGAGUUUAAGCUGUGGAGACUCAGUCCUAUCACGUCGAGAGGGGAGAGAGUCACGCCCGAGAAGGACUUUUUGGGUUGGUUGGCGGUGAGUUUGUUUCGGUCUUGGUUGGCUGAGAAUACUACGCCGGCCCCUGCGUCAGGAGCGAAGGAUGGGGAGAGGCAGAGACCUGGAAGUGAGAUGACGGCUGGUGGAGGUGCGGGAGUGGGAAGGUCGAGUAGUAGGAGUUCGGCGCAUAUUGCUUCGCAGCGGACACAGCCUCCGCCGCCUCCGACUCCACCGAGUAUAGGCAAGAUCUUCCGCAUUAUCGGCGCUCCAUCUACCUCUUCCUCAACCACGACCACGACCAGUGGCGUAUCUGCGAGCAGCUCGACGCCAGCUUAUCUCACCCACGACGAUUUGAAACGAUUCUUGAAGUUGCAGCCGGACCUUUAUACCCGCGAUAAUCUUCGCCGCUUCGAGAGGAAGAUGGACGAGAUUAAGAGUCUGGCGAGGGAAGCGGUCAAGCCGUUGAUGCGGAAUUUCCUGGAAUUGGAUCUGGGAACGUUUGGGGCUGGGGGUUUGGGGUAUCUGACUUGUAUUAGGUUGGAGGAGGGGGAAGUACCGUGGGAUUAG